AUGGCAGCGGACCGUGGAGUGCCAGCGGAAAUGUGCAAGGCACACGGCUGUUGGCGCACGGACACUAUGGUACAACACUACAUGUGGCGCGACAUUGCGGCCAAACUUGAAGUCUCCCGCCGCCUAGGCCUCGCCGAGCCGGGGGGCCAGGCUGCAAGUAGCAGCGCUGGAGGAAGUGCCACCGCUGUCCCCAGCACCCGCGGCGGCAGCACCGCCGGCGGCCACACCGAUGGAGGCCAGCCGGACGGUAACAGCAACGGCAAAGGGCAACCAGGCAACGGCGGCCCCAGGGCCACCGAAUGCUCAGUUGUCGAACUCACGGCAGCACAGCGCCUGCACCACCAGUACAGUCACCCUGAUUACCGCGUGCUGGAGCAGCUGAUCAGCAAGCAGCUGGUGCAGGGACCACAGGUCACUCCAGCAGCACUGUGCCAGGCAGUGGAGGCUGUCUGCAGGGCCUGUGACACCGUGAAGGCCACCGCAACCAUCCACCCCAGCUGCCGCAACCGGCCACAGCACACACUGGAGGUCGUACACUCUGACCUGUGUGUGCCCAUGCCGACCACAUGUAAGAGGGAUCAGCUCCCCUGGCAUCUCCCAACUGAGUACUCUUGCCUGGUCUUACAUUGGUGCGAAUUGCUAGGAGGUGGGAACUCCCCGAAUCGAAUCCGGUUGGGAACAGAUCGCACACCAGGCAUGAUGCAGCAUACUCUUACCCCAAAGGUGGAUGCCCGGGCGGGCGAGAAGUCUACCAGCUGA